CAAAUCAAUAAUCAAAAUAUAAAAUUAGUGAACCAAAGACUGGUACUUGACGACACUCAUAAGAACAAUAAUCAACUGAGCAUUCGAAUAUUCGAUCCACUGACCAAACACCAAAAUCCGGCGAACCAGCACCUUCACCACGAUGAAAUCUCCGUACCCAGCACCCAUAACCCCAUCACAAACCCGAAUCGGAUGGAUAGGCACCGGCGUAAUGGGCGCUGCAAUGGCUUCCCGUCUUCUUUCCGCCGGUUACUCCCUCACUAUCUACGCCCGAACCCCUUCCAAAACCCUCUCACUCCAAUCGCAAGGCGCCCGUCUCGUCCAUUCCCCAUCGGAAGUCGCCAAAGCAAGCGACGUCAUUUUCACUAUGCUGGGACACCCACCAGAUGUUCGACAAAUUGUCUUAGAGAACCCAGAUUCAAUUCUAUCCUCCAUAACCCCCGGAAGUGUCAUAAUUGACCACACUAGCAGCCACCCGGUUCUCGCCAAACAGAUUUAUGAUGCUGCACGUGAGAAAGAUUGCUGGGCUGUUGAUGCCCCUGUGUCUGGUGGUGAUAUUGGUGCUAGAGAUGGGAAACUGGCUAUACUCGCAGGCGGGGACGAAGCGGUCGUAAAAUGGUUAACCCCGUUGUUGUCCUUAAUGGGGAAACCGAAUUACAUGGGUGGUGCUGGGUGUGGGCAGAGUUGUAAGAUUGCUAAUCAGAUAACAGUGGGUGGGAGUUUGUUGGGGUUGAGUGAAGGGUUGGUGUUUGCUGAGGCGGCAGGGCUGGAUAAGGCGCAGUGGCUGGAGGCGGUGAUAGGCGGGGCUGCGGGGUCUAUGGUGAUGGAGAUAUUUGGGGAGAGGAUGAUAGGAAGGGACUUUAGGCCUGGUGGGUUUGCUGAGUAUAUGGUGAAAGAUUUGGGGAUGGGUUUGGAUGUGGUGGAGGAGGAUGGUGAGAAGGUGGCGGUGUUGCCUGGAGCGGGUCUAUCGAAGCAGUUGUUUUCGGGUAUGGUUGCUAAUGGUGAUGGGAAGCUUGGGACUCAGGGGCUUAUUACUGUUAUAGAAAGGAUCAAUGGCAAAAGAACUCAGAACCCGGUUUGACUCAGCUGAAUUGAGCCGUUUUCAAUUGGCCUGUCCUGGCCACUUAUGUGAUUCGAUCCGACCCACCCGUUUUGGCAGGCUUACAAAAGAUAAGAGCGUAUUACGUUUCUCCUUCUCGUAGUAAUCAGAUUACAAGCGUCUCAAAUCUUUAAGGUUUUUGUGUUCUAUUUAUGUAUUACUAUCAGCAUAUGUCGCAUAGUCUGUGUAUGUUUUGCGUUGUCAGCAUAUUUAGCUGUGUUUAUAUUGCAGAUUUUUGUAUUUUUAAAACACGCAUGAUUGAUUCAUUAUUCUACGAUUAUAGGCAAUUAGGAGUAUUUACUCUUUAUAUAUACGAUUGGGUUGUUUUCA